CAUUUCCUCCAUCUCUCCCAAACACAAUGGCCGCCAUCCAAGCAUCCAACCUCUUCUUCACCCCCCUCCCCCCUUCCCACGUCGUCCAGCCCGGCAAGGAGAUCCAUGGCCGCUACAUGCUCACUAUCCCCUGGAACAGGGUCAGUGGAUGGGGCCAGCCCAAGAUUGGGCCGAGGGCCGAUCUGAGCUUCGACCCGCUGGCUGGCGUUCUGCAGUAUGCUGUGACUUGCUUUGAGGGCAUGAAGUGCUACAAGUCUGAAGAAGGCAAGCUUCGUCUCUUCAGGCCUACCAAGAACUUUGACAGGCUCAAGAAUUCCGGCGCUCGUUUGGGUCUUCCCACUGACUGGGACAACGAAGAGCUCCUGGUCCUCUUCCAACGCCUCCUCGCACUCGAAGCUCCUAUCGUCCCAGCGACCGACGGCGCUUCCCUGUACAUCCGCCCCACUUUACUCGAGACCUCUGAAGGGUUCGGGAUCAAAGAAGACGGCUACGCGGCGGAUGCCCUGUUGUAUGUGGUCACGACGCUGAACUUGGGUUUGGGGUUGUAUGGGAGCGCGGAGGCGGAUGGGAAGGGGUUGAAGCUGCAUGCGGAUAAGAACUUUGUGAGGGCUUGGCCGGGGGGUACGGGGAAUUACAAGGUUGGAGCGAAUUAUGGUACUGUCAACAUUGCCAAACAGCCCGGCUAUGCCAUGUCCCUCUGGCUCCACGGCGAAGAAGACUUCAUCUCCGAAGCAGGCGCCAUGAACGUCUUCCUGCUCAAAGAGGCUAAAGAUGGCUUCCUCGAAUUUGUCACCAUGCCCCUCUCGUCCGGUAUCGUCCUCCCCGGUAUCACCCGUGCUUCUCUUAUCGAGCUUCUCACCGACCACGCUUCUGGUAAAGCCGAUUUCCCGGUGGAGGGGGUGCCGAAGAAUAUUAGGGUUGUGGAAAGGGAUAUUUCUAUGGGGGAGAUCGUUGCGGGGUUGAAAGAUGGGUCUGUCAAGGGCAUGUUCGGUUGCGGCACAGGCGUCGUCGUCGUCUCCAUCCAACACAUCACAUACUCUGGCACCCCCCUCACCAUCCCGUACCACCCCGUCACCAAGAUUCUGAGGGAUACUGUGACGGGUUUGCAGAGGGGGAGGAUUUCAGAUGGAGGGAGGGAGUGGGGGGUCGAGGUGCCGGAGUGGGAGGGGGUUUGUGUGGCAGAGAAGGAGGGGGAGAGGGAGGAGGUUUUUGUUGCUUAG